AUGGCCGCCGAUUUCAGUCCAUCGGCUUUCCUCGAGGAGCUAGAGUCUUUCGGGAAACCGCCACCUCCGAGACAGCUUGUCACUGAAACGUCACCGAGCACUAGCGAGAUUGUCUCCAAGCUGAAUGCGCUCAAUUUGGACAAACAGAAGAAAAUGCGCACCGGUAAUCCGACAAGUGCAUCGGAAAAUGGAAUGGUUUCUUUGGGAAGAAAGUUGGCCGCCGCGCAAACGAAAGAGGAAAUUUCAAGAGAAGAAGCGAGUGGAUUGAGACAAAUGGUGCUCUCGGCGUCACGCCCGAAAAACCCGUGGAGCUCCCAGGAAAGCAGCUCGGUCGACUCGGGAAGAGCCUACGCGAAAGAGGUGGCUCAGAAUCAGACAUCAAAAAGGCCAUCGUCGCGUGGCUCCACCGCAACCGCCUCCUCGUCUUUACCGUCGCCGCCCGGCAUCACAAAUUUGUAUUCAAAUGGAAACUACAGUGACUACUCAUCGGGUUCAUCUCAAAAAUCCCCGUCACCUCCAUCAACUCUUCGGAAUACGACAAAAGAUUCGUCAUCAGAUCUCUCCUCGAAAUAUCUUCCAACAACACCAAAAGCUUACCCAAAUCCGCCACAAAUCAAUCGACCAACUUAUCCACCAACGUCAAUUGAUGUCUCUCCAACUUACAAACCCGGGCACAACAUUGAAUCCCUUCGCUACAAUGGGGUGAAAAAAGAACAAAUGGUUGGCAAAACGUACAGUUACGGAAUGGAAACAAAUCGAGAACAGACGGUGAUCGGGAUUGAGAAAAAUGGGCAUUUCCCAAAGGUGGACAUUCUGACGAGUGAGCCAACGAGAUACACCUCGUCGCCGAGUACGAGUGAAUACUCAUCGUCGGAUCGAGGAUCCACCACUAAAUACCCAAAGAAUGGCAUAAGUUAUCCGGAAUAUGGAAGAGAGAAACCGAUCGGAUAUCAGAAGCCCAAAUCUGCGAGUCCACAACCAACAAGACAAUUUCUGUCGACUGAUGACCGCGCAUCUCGGUGGAAAGAGAUCGACUCAGCGCUGGCAAAACAAGAUGAGAAAUUCGGGAGAUUGUCGGCACAACUUCGAGAAGGCGUACAACAAAUGAGAUUGGAGGCACAGAAAGCUGGCAAUUGUCACGGCUGUAAGGAUCCCCUUUACUACAACGAGGAGACAACGGUGGCGAUGGAGAGAAAAUAUCACCCAAAAUGCUUCAAUUGUCAGCAAUGCGGAAGAAAUCUCAAAGACCUCAAAUUCUACUUGAUGGAUGAGAAAUUUUUGUGCCAAGAGGAUUUCCUGGUUGCCGAGUUGCAUAAAAGAGCUGAAAAGUGUGCCGUUUGCAAGAAACCGAUCGUCGAAAUGGUUCUGCAAGCCGUUGGCCGCUCUUUUCACCCUCACUGUUUCACGUGCUCUGUAUGCCACAAAUGUCUCGAUGGGAUUCAAUUUGCUGUCGAUGAUCAAGAUCAGAUCUACUGCACAACAGACUAUCACGAAAAAUACGCGCCAAGGUGUCACUCGUGUCGAAAAGCGAUCCUUCCAAAAGGGGGAAGCGGUGAAACAAUUCGAGUGGUCGCUUUGGGCAACGAUUAUCAUCUUGAGUGCUACUCUUGUGAGGGCUGCAAAAAGCAAUUGGGUGACGAUUACAAUGAACGAUGUCAUCCGUUAAAUGGUCAUCUUUUAUGCGCAAACUGUCACAAGUUGUGGAAAACGACCGGUGGAGCGCCGACAACCGAUUUG